AUUCGAAUUCACUUCAAAAGUGCAGGAAGGAAAGGAUUGUCUGUUUUAUAUAGUGCCCCUUUGACUGCACCCAAAGAUGUCCGAGAGUGUUGAAACGGAAUCUAAGGAUAUAGCUGAACAGAACAAUAAUGGCAAAAGGAAGAUUCAGAGAAAGGUCAAUGAAGGUUGUAAUCCUGCAGUGGAGAGACCUCUCAAGAAAACAUGUGUAUCAUUCACCAAGCCAUCAUAUAUUCCACGGCUGAAUAAUGUACGAACAGAAAAUUGUGGUAGAAUAACUCAUCUUACUGGAAAACUCAUGCGACAACAUAAUUGGAAGGAAGCAAGUGGAACCUUGAGCGUGGCAUUGAAAGGGACGUGCAAGGAGACAUCUCCAGUGAAGAAUCGAAUUAAAUACACUGCUGUGAUGGAGCUUCUUAAGCGGCUUGACAAUAAUCAUUUAAGCCUGGCAAAAAUAAAGCACAUCUAUGAGAUUUGGAUGAGAAAGAAUAGAUCAAUGAAGAAUUGGCGAGCAAAGGAUAGAUAUGUGAUUCAACUGGAGUUUGUCCUUUUUUGUCUUACACAAGGGAACAUUAAAGAAGCACAUCAAGCUGUUAUUUGCCUCAUGCAGGAAAGUGAAUAUGGAAGUGACCCAACUCUAAAUAUGAUGGUUGGCUUGAUCUUCUAUCAACUUUGGUAUUCUACCAUCCAAAAAGACAUGAGAUUGAGAGAUUCUGACAGAAGUGACUCACCUACGACAUUAGAGAUAUUUAGAACAUGGUCUGUCGACCCUGUUGAAGAUUCAGAUUGUCACAAAGCAGCUGAUAUGCAUGAAGAGAAUUCUCCCGCACAAUGUGAUUCAGAAACCUCUAUUAGGAUCGAUAAAAAAAUUUCUGUGGACAGUUGUAACCCACAGAAAAAGAAGUCCCGUCAAAAUAUACAGCCACAGGGCUUCUACAUGGAGGAAUCUGCUGAACAGAAUGCAAAUGACGAAGCGCCUUUUUCUUAUCGUGAUGACAAUUUGAUGCAUGAAUCCAUUUUUUUUGCACGAGAAGGGUUGGAUACAAGUUUGUUGCCUAUAAGGUUUCCACGUUCGCAUGAGAACUGGGAGGAGUUCAUGCAUCUACAUAGGCAACUGCUUAAUGACCACUAUGCUAGUGCGGUGAAGCAUUUACGUGUUGCUCUUUAUUCUGCUCCUCCAGAACUGGCGGCCUUACUUCCUCUAAUUCAGUUGUUGCUUGUUGGGGAUCGUGUUAAUGAGGCAAUGAGUGAGCUCGAGAGAUUAUGUCACAAUACGAACAUGACACUUCCUUUUAGAUUAAGGGCGAGUAUUGCAGAAUGCUUUGACCUAAAGCAGUACGACGUGCUCUCAACCUGCUACGAAGAUAUCUUAAAGAAGGAUCCGACAUGUAUUCAUUCAUUAAGAAAGCUAAUUACCAUGCAUAACAAUGGGGACUAUAAUUUUGAACCACUAGUGGAGAUGAUAGCCUUACAUCUAGAUGCUACAUAUGCAACAUGUGACAUAUGGGGAGAGCUUGCAUCAUGCUUCCUCAAGCUUUCUCACUACGAAGAAGAUCAAAUGUCAGUAUGUGGAAAUGAAAAUGAAUAUGGAAACAAGAAACAGUUUUCUGUUUGUUUCAAUUCGAUUCCCAGAUCGUUCAUAGAGGGUAACUUGCGAAUGUCAUGGAAACUACGUUGCAAAUGGUGGUCUAGACGCCACUUCAGCAAGAACAUCCACGACUCAGAGAUGCAAGAAGGUGAAUUUCAGCUAUUAACAUGCAAGGCAGCAUGUGCAUGUCACCUUUAUGGACCAGAGUUUGAAUAUGUUAAGAGUGUUAAUACUUAUCUAAAGAAAGAGGAUAACCAGGAGAGGAUGAUGUUUCUGCAAAAUCACAUGAAUAAUUCAAUCAAGCUUCUUGAAAAUUUGAAUAGGUCAGGCUGAAUGCUGCAGUGCUUUCUCUUUGAAAAGUAGAAGGGAGAAGUUUCACCAUUUCCAGUCAGUGAGCGGAUGCUCCUUUUGGAUUGGUAAUCUAUCACACAGUAAUUUUAUUUCAAAUUGGAAACCUGACACUGUUUCUUGUACUCCUGAACAACACCUCGGUGCUGAAGAAAGAAAUGUCCUUUGGCAGCUGUAAUUGUGGUAAUCUCAUGGUUGAGGAAUCUGAAAACUUAAGUAGUCCUGGAUUUUAAAGUA